AUGCCCAACUCCACUAUGGUGAUGAAAUUCCUGCUUACAAGAUAUUCUGAAGUGUGGGAGUACAGAGUCUUGCAUGCCAUGCUAUUCCUACUGAUGUAUUUGGCAAGUCUGAUGGGCAACUUUCUCAUUGUAGUCACCACCCUCAACACAAAACUUCACACUCCCAUGUAUUUAUUCCUCAGGAAUCUGUCUGUCUUGGACAUGUGCUACAUUACUUUCACUGUAUCCAAGGCCUGUGUCAUCUUCCUACUUGGCAAUAGGGAGAUAUCCCUGAUUGGAUGUGCAGCUCAGAUCUUCUUUGUGUUUUUAUUUGCUACUACAGAGAUGCUAUUUCUCACCAUGAUGGCCCAUGACCGCUUUGUGGCCAUCUGCCAGCCCCUUCACUACCCUGUGAUCAUGAAUCCACAUGUCUGUGUCCAGGUGACACUGUCCUCUGUACUCAGUAGCUUGGUCUUUGCAGGAUUCCACACUGGAAACACAUUCUGGCUACCCUAUUGUCAGUCCAACGUGAUCCAUCAAUUCUUCUGUGACAUCCCCUCUCUGCUGAAGCUCUCCUGCUCUGACAACUUCAGCAAUGAAAUUUUAAUUUUUAUCUCUGCUAUGGUGAUUGAUGGUGGUUGCUUUCCUUUUAUCACCAGGUCUUAUAUUCACAUAUUUUCUACUGUGUUCAAGUUUCCAACCAGGAGAGUGCAGGGAAAGGCCUUUUCCACUUGUGUCCCUCACAUUAUUGUGGUGACUGUAUUUGUCAGCUCAGCCAGUGCUGUGUAUUUAAAACCAGCUUCCAACUCGCCAACAUUUCAGGACAUGAUCAUUUCUGUGUUUUAUUGUAUAGUCCCUCCUUUGUUGAAUCCUAUUAUUUAUAGUCUUAGAAACAAACAAAUAAAAGAAGCUUUGAGGAGACUUAUGAACAAAAUGCUUUAUUCAAGAAAGUGA